CAAACAAACUACAGUACCUGGUAAACAAGUAGCCUCAAGCAGGCUCGAGGCAAUCCAGAGACCCUUCUAUGAAAUGACAAUAUUCUGGAUCCGGUUACUGUCAUUUACUCCUACCACCACAAAGCAUACAUUCUCUCUUUCUUUACUUUUCCGCGCACACUCUCACCCGUAAAGCAGUCGGCGCGUAACGAACAGUCGGUGGGGUCAGUCACGGCGUUGCCGCAGCAGCUGUUUUGUCUCGCCGGGAGUACAGCACGCGCACGGCGGAGCAAAGUGCAAUCACAAGAUGAAUGCCACAGUCAAGCGCAAGUUCAAUGCGCUGCUCCAGGGCAUUGGGAACCGGCCCUCGACGGACGACCGCAGUCUCGCCGGUCCCGCACCCUCCUUACCUGCAUCGCAACGAUCCUCACCAUAUUCGAGGACCAUGGCCAGCGACAUCGACCUCCACAAGAAGCGCCGCGUCGGCGAUCCGACAGCGACCCCGGCCAGACACGCAACGUUAGAAGCCCAAGGCACCUCGAUGCAAUCAUCGCCCGCUAGCAUACGCAGCGUCCGGCCGAGCACCACCAUCUCCAACAUCACCCUGCGAAGAUGGACUCCGGGCGCCGCCAGCCCCGCGCCAGACGCAAGGGAAGGACAGCCGCCGCCGCCCAAGUACUGCCCGGCCGACCGCGACCAGCUUCUGCGACGUCUGACCACCUUUCAGGAGCUGACCGACUGGACGCCCAAGCCGGACCGCGUCAGCGAGGUUGAGUGGGCGAAGCGCGGCUGGGUGCGCCACGGCAAGGAGCGUGUUAAGUGCACGCUCUGCGCGGCCGAGCUGGUGGUCAACGUGAACCGGAGGGAGGUGGACGGCAAGGAGUUUGCGGUGCUGAUCGCGUCCGAGAUCGCCGAGUCGGUGGUGAACAAGUAUGUCGAGCUGAUCGUCGAGGCGCAUGCCGAGGACUGUCUGUGGAGGAGGAAAGGGUGUGACGACUCCCUCCUGCGCCUCCCGCUUCCCAACCCUAAACUGGCCCUCCAAGGCCUGCGCCAACGCUACGACGAACUCUGCGACCGCGCCGCCUUCCUGCCCUACGAAUCCACUCUGCGCCUUCCCCCGACCCUCAACCUCGACAAAGUCAUCACUUACCUCCCACCAACUUUCUUUAUCGACCCCCCGCCCCGCAACAACAAUAACAACAACAACAACACAACCACCAACCCCAAUUCCAACCCCACGUCCACAAUCGAGGCACCGACAACAACAACAACAACAACAACAACAACAACAACAACAACAACAAUAACAGCAACAGCAACACCACCAAGCAUCAACCGCCCCGCCCUGGCCCUGGCCCUCUUCGGCUGGCAAUCAUUGACGCACCCGACCCUGCACACGCCAAUCCCCAACAGCGCCUCCUGCCACACCUGCCUGCGCCGCCUGGGCCUGUGGAUGUUCAGACCGCGCUCGGAGCCGCCGCCGUCGUCGUCGUCGAACAGCCCCAAUGCAGCAGCGCCGCUGAUGGAUCACCUUGAUCCGCUGCGCGAGCACCGCUUCUUUUGCCCGUGGAAGAACCCUGCCGCGCAGCGAAAUCCUGGCGGCAAGGUACUAUCACUGGGGACGGUAGGAGGAGGAGGAGGACGAGGAAAGGGAGAAAGGGAGAGGGAGGAGAUGGCAGCGUGGGAGGUGUUGGUUACCGGCUUGAGGAACGAGGCGUUUAUUCGGGAGAAGAUCACUGGUCCUGGUAGUAAGAAUGAUAAUACUACGGGUAGUGGCGGUGGGAAGAAGAUGGGGAUGAUGGGGCAUGGGAGGAGCAAGAGUAGUGUUCCUGCGUCUGUUGCGUAUGGGGCAAUCGUCGGCGGUGGUGGUGGUGGUGGCGGGGAUGGGGAUGGGCAAGGCCCACCAAAGACGCCUGAGCGGCCGAUGACUGUGGCCGGGCAGCCGGGAGUACUAGUGGCAGAUGACGACGGGGAUAGGGAGGAGCAUGAAGAGGCCGAUGAUGAGGAGGCGAGGAAGAAGAAGGAUAUGGAUAUGAUGUCGCGGCUAAGGAGGGUUAAGAGCCUGUUUAAUACCAAGAAGGCUGGGGGAAGGUUGCGGCGCUUGGGCGGGAGUAGGCCGGGGACGUCGCAUUCUAAUGUUUCGGGAGAGUAGAGGGUGUUGGCUGACAUGGCAUUCUGCUUGGAGAAUGGAUGUGUUGAGGGGAGUAAUGGUUUGGCGGCUGUUCAUGGUCCACUACUGGCAUGGGCAGCAUCAGGUAAGCAUUGUACGAACAAGGUAGAGAUAGUGUCAAGGCUCAGAGCAACAACAUGAGGAUGCAAAUUGGCAUCUCCCACU